GGCGGAGGGAAGACCCAAGACGUGCUUUCAUUCACUCGCUGGCCAGCUGCCGAGUUGGGAACGCCGUCGCUUUUCGCCGUUCAGUGCGGUCUGUUUUCACCACGUGAUAGCAGUGCACCCGGACCCAACUGGCAAACUAAAUCCCCAAACUCGGUGGAGUGGCAGGAACGAACGGAAAAAAAUGUGAUCGGCUCUCUUGGAUCCCUGCUUUGGUGUACCUGGUCCAUAUCUUCCCCCUUUUCCGCCGCCGCUCGACGUUCGAGAUUUAUGAGAGAAAUUCCGUUUUGGAAAACUCUAGUUGGCCACCCAUCCUUCGUGUGAAGUACAUAGUGAAUGGUGGGAGGAGAUAGGGAGGCAGAAGAGAGACAGAGACUCCCGAGGAGGAAGAGAAUGAAGGUGCCACCGCCGCCGGCGCUUCAACUGCCCUUCUCCCCCGCCGAGGUGCUUUGGAGGUACCCGCUGCUCCUGCCCACUCCGGGCACCCCGACCCCGAGCACCCCUUCGGCCACCGCCGCACAUUCCCCCCUGCUCGACCUCAGGUCCCAGAUGCCGCAGCAUAUUGCUGCGGAUCCCCGGUUAUGGUCCCGGGAAGACGUGGUCACGUUUCUCAAUUGGUUCCAGGCGGAAUUCGAUCUCCCCUCGAUCGAUGUGGAGAAAUUCUGCAUGAAUGGGAAGGCGUUGAGCCUGUUGACGAAGGGGGACGUUGCGGGGAGAGCCCCAGGGGCGGGGGACAUCCUCCAUAACGCCCUCCAACUCCUUCUCCACACGGCUCCAUGGAGGAUCCCAGCCAGUCCUCUGCUCCCCCUCGCCGGGCCCCCACCCUCGCCUCACUCCCACAUCCAGUGGGCCACCGGUGGGGAGCAUCCUCCGGUCACCACCAACUCGGUCAACGGCCACCACUACCUUCAGCCGUCGAAUUCCGUGACACUCAGUCCCGCGCCUUCAACGGAUAGUCAGUCGGGGAGCCCGAAGCACCACGAAACCAAUCAUGUCACUGUCCACGUUUCUUCCACUCCGUCCUCUAUUUCCGCCUACCAGAACGGGGGACACUCCGACUCGGAAGACAGCAUGCAGGACUCAAACAGUCCCAGUCCCAUGGAGCAGAAGUGUUCCUUGUACUCCAUCCGCUCCCCUGCCCGGAGCCCCAGCGGAAGAGAGAGGGAAGAGGCAGGGUCUGGGAGGUCUGGUCAGGCGCCGUCCUCUCCCAUGACAGAGUCUGCUCCUUCCACGCCCACUGGCUCUGACACGAUUGAAAGUGGAUCUGGGGGUCGCUUGCUGUGGGACUUCCUGCAGCAGCUGCUCAACGACCCGGGCCAGAAGUAUUCCCACUUGAUCGCGUGGAAGAAUCGCGAGACGGGAGUGUUCAAAAUCAUGGACCCUGCUGGGCUGGCUCGUCUCUGGGGAAUCCAGAAGAACCAUCUCUCCAUGAACUACGACAAAAUGUCUCGGGCUCUCCGCUACUACUAUCGAGUCAACAUCCUCAAGAAGGUUCAAGGAGAACGACAUUGUUACCAAUUUCUGCGGAACCCAUCAGAGCUGAAGGGAAUCAAGAACAUUUCGCUGCUGCGCCACGCACCGCCGCCCGUGGCCGCGUACAUGGACGAGGGUCCGACGGACCUCAGCCUCCCCAGUGCGGAGCGCAACGUCUCGCGCACUGCCGAGAGCGAUUCCCUGACUCCGAAGCUCAACGGCAACCACGGUUACCAUUUCCUCUUCGGGAACGUGAAGUUCGAAGGCGAUGCACCCGACAAGGUGGUGAAGGAGGAGGGCUAGGACCCUCCAAGACACGGUGCAAUGCGUUUUUCUUUUUUAAAAAUGUCCCGGUUUGGUUUUAAAUCUCUCCAGUGUGCAUCUGCAGUUUCGUCGUUUCUCCUCUCGUCUCUCUCGCGUGGGACCCAAGAUCUCAUAGAUAUGAAUUAUCGUCAUUCUUUUAAAGUAUUUUUGUUUUUUUCCCCCCCCCCCCCUUCCAUUCCA